AUGCGCGACAUUCCACCUCAGCCCUCCCCUCGCCCCGUGGCGCGAUUCGCUCGUCGGUAUGGCUCGACAUUCAACGCCUUUGAUCAUCUCGCCAAUGUGAGUCUAUGCUCACAGCAAUUGGGCCAAGUCGAAAUCGACUGCCGAUUUCGGCAUUCAAAAACUCAGUGGGGCGUUUUAGGGCCCGCUGAGAACCAGGCUGGCAUUCUAUACAUGGACUUGACUUUCGCUCAAACAAAGCAUUGCCGGUUAUCAAGUGCAACUGUGUUGGUGAGCUUGGAAGAUCCUGAGAAUGUUCCCAAGGACGGCAAGUCCUCCGCCGCACCUACGCGGUCCUCGCCUAGAGAAGAUAGAUUGGCAGCCAAAGGCCGGCCAGCAUCAGGGUAUGGAACGGUCAAUCCCAUAGAUACCACCGUGGAGGCGACUGAAGACUGGGAUGAACUGCGCUUUCUACAAUUUACCCAGGACUUUGGUCCACGGGAGCUGGCAGGAGAGGCUACAAGAGCGACAACCAAGAAGACCAAGCAUGUGACCCCGCAGGUCAACGUUAUGGGGAGUGGGGGUGGAGGGAUGGGCUGGGACCGCGAACAAAGCAUUGAGCAAAGCAGUCGAUGGACAUUUACUGGAAACCUCCUUCGAGGCUCAAAGCUCGGAGACAACGGCUUGGAUAUUGUGUAUCGCACAAUCAGAUGGGAACUCUCUGAGGAUGAUUUCCAACCUCAGACCACUCACAGCAACACGAUUCAGACAGCUUUUACCCUCGAACACGACGAGAAACUAUUUGUCAUUCGAAUCGAGAUUCAAGGAAAACUUGAAAGACGACACGAGCGAGUGAAGAAUCACGUCAAGAAUCUGUUGAAAUUUCCAAAGGAUCCCAGCAAAAGCCAGGGAGUCUCCCUGACGGUGGUCAAUCCACGCGCGGAGAAGACCCAAAGGAGACUCGAUGCUAUUGCACGAGGCAUACCCUUUGAUAUGGAACGUCUUAAUUUUGAGGCUGUUCGACCACAGAUACCUACAACGCUCCCUCUCUCCUUUCAACGAACUACUCAAAUAUCUGCAGAUGAGAGUACAACUACAGCGACUGCUGUAGAGGAACCUUAUCCUGGUCCCUCGACAACCGAUCAGACGGCACGAACCAGGCUUCCGGAUUACCAACCGCCCGAAAGAAUAUCAUCCUUCCCCGAAGAGGAGGAAAUAAUAGUUAGAAGAGCACCGACGAAUGAGAUACCGGUUAAGACUAGGGGCCACGUUAGGGAACCUUCUGCCCGGACACAGAUGUCCAGAGUCACAAACGAGAGUGAGCAAUCACCCACGCAAAUACCGGUCGGUCAACGAAAGUCAAGGUACGGAGGAGCACACUCAAGAAGAGAAACGGAAAGACACGAACAAUUAUCACGAGAGUCGCGGGUUGAAGAGGUGGUAGGCCCCAAGCCAGCAGGAAAACCAGUGCAAAUUAGCCCGAGCUUGGAGCCAUCCGACGGGAAGCCUUCGGAAGAUGACUUGACCGAGCUUGCAUCGCGACUAGUCCAGUAUCCCUUCCUGCUUCGCAUUAUGCUGUGGCUCAUUUCUAUGAUGAAUUCAACCUCUACCAAGCCCCCGCGAAAGACACUGAAAAGCGAAUGA